AUGACCGUUUGCGGCACGUCCGGGGCGGGGAAAAUAAUUGAUCCUCGUGAAGCCAUCGUCGGACGCGGUGCAUACAUGCAUGCACGCAUGCAUGUAAGCCUACUAAAACCGGGAUGGUUCACCGACACCGCACUCAGCGGUUCGAUGGCGGCAGGCUGCAUGGCGGAUUCUGAUGUCUCGGUCAACCUACCAAUGAGACAGCUUUCCAAGGAACAGAGUGGUGAUGAGACCGGGGGAGCCGCAGAUGGUGCAAGAUGUUAA